AUGCACGUAUUUGGACGCAGUGCCCGACAAGUGCCUUAUUUAGAGGACGCGAGGUGCUGUGUUUUGUUGGACUUAACAGGAUCCGUGCUUGAACCCAUCAACCUCAACACAGAAGAACCUGGCUUUGGUUCAGCGAUCCUUAGGAAAGCACCCCAAUUAGAAAAACGGAUACUAAACAGAUCAUACUAUUAUAUUAACAGAGCCUCGUAUUUGGCGAUAAUAGCAGAUGAAACAAGGGACAUUUCGGGGAAAACCCAAGUGGUAACAAUUUUCAGAUACGUAUUCAACGGCGAACCAGUAGAACGUUUUUGGAAUUAUAUGAAUCCCAAAAAAUGUGACGCUGAUACUCUCACAAGACAUAUUUUGAGCGUCGUAGAUCCGUUAAUAGGAAAUUUCCAUAACAAACUGAUUUCACAAAGCUAUGAUGGAGCCGCGGUAAUCAAUAAAAGCUACAACAGCAGUAAAUUUGAAAAGAUAGCAUUUGUGCUGUUUAGGCGAAAAAAAAAAUGGUCGAUCGCUGAAUUGGAAAGUAUGAGCCUAGCUGAUAUUUAUAAAAUUGUAGAGGAUGUAGACGAGGUACCUAGUGAUAAUGAGUCAGUACUAGAUGAUCUGGACGCUGUUAUGAGUGAUGAAAUACCCAUUACUCAAGAAAAUGCUGACCUAAAUAAUGAUCUUUUCAAUCUUCGGAAUAUGGAUGUCAUUUUUGAGGACUUGAUCGAAGAUGAAAACUGCUCUUUAGACAAUGCGCAGUGGGAAAGUGACGAUGAUAUUCCACUAGCUAGAAGAAAUGAUAUAUUUCUGCCUUGCUACUGGACCAAGGAUACAGUAUACAUCAACAAACCAAGCAAAUUUGAAGAAGAGGCUGGCCCCAAUUUGCCUGAUAUCAUUGAAACACCUACGGACGUUUUUUUGCACCUAUUUUCUGAAGACCUCAUCGACCAUAUUGUUUUUCAAACAAACCUAUAUUGUGUACAAUUACAAGAGACAUUUCUUUCUUCACUUAAGCCAAAUGAGUUUCAGUCAGUAGAUGAAUCAAUGAUACGGUUCAAAGGCCGCAGUAGUAUCAGACAGUACAUGCCAAUGAAACCUAUAAAGCGCGGUUAUGAGGUUUGGGUCAGAGCAGAUUCCAGUGGAUACAUGUGUGAAUUUCAAAUCUAUACCGGCAAGGUGGAUCACGCUCCAGAAAAGAAAUUAGGAGAGAGAGUUGUUAUAGAUCUAAGUAGAAACUUGGUUGGAAAAAACCACAAGAUUUACUUUGACAACUUUUUCAAUUCUGUCGAGUUACAAAGACAGUUGAUCAACAAUAAAAUAUACUCUUGUAGUACCUUACGAAAUUGUAGAAAGCACUGUCCUGAAUUCAAGUCAGACAAGGAUAUGAAACGUGGUGAAGUCGAUUGGCAUGUUUCCAAAGAUGGUUUAGUUGCCCUGAAAUGGGUAGACCGGCGUAGCAUACUUAUGUUGGGAAAUCACAAUGAUCCCUCUGUUUUAGAUACAGCAUCUAGAAAAAGAAAAGACGGCUCUCCAGAGGAUAUACCAUGUCCCCAGAUGGUUUGUGAAUACAAUGCCCAUAUGGGCUAUGUGGAUCGCUUUGAUAUGUUGAAAAGUCUCUAUGAAGUUAACAGGAAAGCACAUAAGUGGUGGCAUAGAAUUCUAUUCUACUUCCUAGAUGCUUGCGUUGUAAACAGUUUUAUACUCUUCCAGCUAAGAAGUUGCAGUCAUAAUUCAAAUUUGAUGCCGAGAGUAUACGUAAGAAAGACAUCGAGAGAACAAGUAGACUUGUCGAAGUACAAAGACGCUUAUGAGUAG